UGAUCCAUUAGUUUAUGAUCCAUCUUGCCGUGCGUCUGGCACGUACAUUCGUGAAUCCGCGGAAUUUCGCAGACUUUUAUCAAUCCGAUCGUGACUCGUCUUAUCGUGCUUGUGUACGUACUCGAUCGAUCGUUCGUCUACGUACUCGUGGCCGUUUCAAAGUGAUCGUAAUCGUAACGAUCGAAUAGUGAGAAAUGUCAUAAAUCCAUGGUGUCCGCGUUCAUGCAGAUACGUGGGAGGGGGAGAGGAAGAGAGAUGUGUCGGUGGAUGAAUUACUACAAUUUGCUUAAUAGCUAAUAGACUGUUCGCGAUUCGAUUUUUUCCUCUGUUAGCGUUCUGGUGUUGAUUUCUGGCUGGGCGGUCUGUGUUCGAGGAACACGGGGCCGUGAAGAGAAGCAGAGCAGGAACACGCGAUGGUGCGGAUCACGUAGAAAAUAAGCCAGAUGUGACGGCUAAACGGGGACCCCGGACCUUGCGCACCAAAGUCCGGCGCUCUAGCCACAUUUCUCUGCGAGCACUGUGCGCCUAAACUUUGAAAAAUAAUUCGUCUGGUAUGCUUUUCGCGAGCUGUUCACGAUGCCCGCAUAUGCGACCAUACUGCCAUAUCUCAUCCUAGGAUUGUUAGGACCUACUUUAGGGCAUGAUGUCAAAGGUUCUUCGGUAUGUGAAUUUUAUAACGAAACACUAUGCACGGAGUCCCAGCAGGAGUGUUCGGGAAGGGAGGAGUGUGGUCCACAUGACCCAGGAAAAAGAAAUCAUUGUUAUGUAUUGUGGCAAAUUGAUAAUGUCACGAAAAAAUCUAUAAUUAAAUUAAAGGGAUGUUUUCUGGAUAGUAAUGACUGCUAUGACAGGCCACACUGUAUCGAGAACAGUGCAGAGAGGAAAAAGGAGUUAUUUUUCUGUUGUUGCGAUGGCAAUAUGUGUAACCAGAAUUUUACAUGGGAUCCCCACCCCACAUCCUCCUCCAAACCUAUCCAACCUUAUGUUAUUCAUGAAUCAGAACCCGUUCCAAACACAGAACAACAAAUAAUUACACUUGUCUUAUCAGUAUCCAUACCCAUGUUCCUUCUUGCUAUUAUUUUACCAUUUUUGUAUUGGUGCUACCGACGUAGGAAGUUGGGAUAUUUCAACGAGGUUUGGAAGACAUAUGUACCGACGUUGGAACCUCUUCCGCUGCCACAGCCAUCUCCCAACUUAGGAUUGCGGCCGAUCCAACUUCUGGAGAUCAAAGCUCGCGGCCGUUUCGGAGCAGUCUGGAAGGCACAACUGAAAAACGAGAUUGUUGCUGUCAAGGUGUUCCCUAUACAGGACAAACAGUCUUGGCAAACCGAGCAAGAGAUCUUCAAGCUUGCGCACAUGGAUCACGAAGAUAUAUUACGUUUUAUAGGCGUCGAGAAGAGGGGGGACAAUUUGCAAACGGAAUUCUGGUUGAUCACUGCCUAUCAUGAGAAAGGUUCGCUGUGCGACUAUUUGAAAGCAAAUGUCGUCACGUGGCCUGAAAUGUGUAGAAUAGCAGAAUCUAUGGCAAGAGGUCUGAUGCACCUACACGAAGAGAUACCAGCCAACAAAGCAAACGGUUAUAAACCUGCUGUGGCUCAUAGAGAUUUUAAGUCGAAGAACGUUUUGCUGAAAGCCAAUAUGAGUGCCUGCAUAGCAGAUUUUGGCCUGGCACUGAUAUUCCAUCCUGGAAAGCCCUGUGGCGAUACACAUGGACAGGUUGGAACAAGGAGGUACAUGGCACCAGAAGUAUUGGAAGGUGCAAUUAAUUUUACGAGGGACUCAUUUUUACGGAUCGAUAUGUAUGCUUGCGGUCUUGUGCUCUGGGAAUUAGCUUCUCGAUGCACCGUACAAGAUGGACCAAUUGGAGAGUAUAGAUUACCAUUCGAGGAUGAAGUGGGGCUUCAUCCAACGUUAGAGGACAUGCAAGAAAGUGUUGUGCACAAGAAAGAAAGGCCACUUAUUUUAGAAACGUGGCGCAAACAUGCUGGACUUCAAUCAAUAUGUGAUACAAUGGAAGAGUGUUGGGAUCACGAUGCUGAAGCGCGUCUUUCAGCUUCUUGUGUAAUGGAAAGAGUUGCUACAUUGAGUAGGACGCUUGUUUUAAAUUCGUCGACGUUAAUAAGAGUUGAUAAUACCAACGAGACUAUCACCACUAAGGAAUCUAGUAUGUAGUCGAUCUAUGUGUAUUAUAGCUUUAGUUACAUUGCACAACCAUUUUCUGUAUCAUAAAAUAUUUUUACGUAUCACAUCAAUGAGGAAUGUUCAAAUAUUUGCGUGUGGUUUUGUGAUCAUUUUUCUCUGCUUUUCUAUCGACUUCUACCUUUCUUGAUAAGAAUUUUAUAUGUAAAAUUAAAUUUAAGAACUUGUUUCGUUUAACAUAUAUCAUUCAGAUUUAGAAUGCUAUCAUAAAAAUCAUUAACAUCACGUUUUGUGACCAGUGUUAUGUACGAAGUAUUUAGUUUGUUGCUAUUAUAUGUUCAUAGCUGUCUUCAUUAACGGAGAAUCGAAUCAUAAGGUGAAUUAUGGAUUAAUGGUGUGAGAAACAAUUUAUUGCCAAAGGUUCCUAGCUUUCAUAAUCUUUUAAAAUAUAUAUGUUUCACACACAUGAAUCUUACGCAGCUAUCGAAUCGCUAUCACGAUUUUUAUUUGUUACUAGUACAUUUGGAUCUAAAAGUAUCUUCUUUUAAUACGAGCCGAUCACAUUCCUCAUUGAUGUAAGGCAGCCAUGCAAUGAUUGUUCAGAGAUAACAAGAUGAACAAAGAAAAAAAAAAUGGAAACACUAGCCAAGUGAAUUUCAAUAAUUCUGUAGAGUGGUAUCGUAUGUGAAUUGUUAUAAAAAAGAUGUCUUGACAACCUUAUACAAAGUACCUGGUAGGAACAGACGAGUUAACUGAUUGGAAGCCAUGAGGAAUUUAUUAGGACUUUGCACGAAAUAAAUGAGCUAACUCUGAUUAUUUUGCAUUUUUGUAACAUACUAUAUUUAAGACGACUAGCUUACUUCACGGAACAAGAUUUUCUCCAUGAACUUAACUUCAUUGAAUACUUUGCUCAAACAAUUUCCGAGGACGAUACAUCUUUAUUGAAUUAUGUCUGUUUUUCUACUCUUACUGCCUCUAAGUCAUUCAAGUGGUAAUAGUCAUUGCAUCAGCCUGUACAUACAUACGUUAGACGCAUUAAAUAAUCAAAAUUAACGCCACGUUCACGUUCAUGGAUUAAAUUUGAUCGAGCGAAGUAACAGUCUUCCUGUUAACAUUUUGCUUCGAUUAUGCUAGUUUAUUUGUGAAAGUACACAGUUUUUCUCGAACAUGCUAAUUCUCUAGUUCGUACGAGAAGCGAGUCUUGUAUCCAGUGUACAUACAUUGGAUACGGAAGGCCUUGAAUACGUAAUUAUUGUAUAUUAUUUAUGUAUUAAUAUUUAACGAAACGGAGCAUCUUGCUUGAACCAACGUUCUACAGUUCACAUAAACGUCUCUAAACAAUCGCCAAGCUCUUGAUUCGAAACGCGCGUUCACGUUCAUUUGAUCUAACACACUUUCAUUUAUUUAUUUAUAAUAUAAAUCCCAAUGAAUAUUCGCUGAAGAGUUGACGAAUCUAAUGGUUUCAAUUCAGACAAUACUCCUUUUGGACAUUCAAGAUUUUAUAAUACAUUGUCUUUACUUUCAAUGUCCUUCCAACUCUUUUCUAUUAAAGACUGCAUAACCAGACUGGAUAAGUUUACAAAGUAUUUAAUAAUAUCUCAAUCGAUUGUCAACCUGUGGUAAUAAUACUCGGAACUAUGUGAUAGAACACUUUACUCUGUGUUGAAUCUUAAUGAUACGAAGGAAAAGCAAUAGCCGUUCAAGAUGCACGUUUCAAAUAACCCAGGUUUAUUUAAAUUAUCGUGUUACCGAGUCAAUUUUCAAACAUAUAUCUUCUACUUGCUCCAAGUUGUUUCAAUUAGGACUGCCAUAGUAAAAAUGUAUAAGGAGCUCCCUCCCGUAUCUUUUUCCUAUGCGAACGCUUCAUAAAAUAACUUCACGACUCUAAAUUAGUUGAACGUCAUUCAGAACGGUGUAAUUGCACUACAAGCUGUGAUAAUAAUUGUGCGGAUUAAAUGUUGUAUUAACGUAAACGAGGCCUAAUUACAUUUCGACUCUCGAUCGUAAUCGGAGCAAGUAGAGGAUGGUGAUUGUUGUGUCUUUGACAUGAUGGGCUUUAACAGUGCCAAAAGGGUAACAAGUACAUGCACACAAUAGAGCUUCUUCGUCUUUAUAUGUUCGUUUCUAGUUGCGUAAGACACGUUGGGAUCGGUAACGUGUAACUAUUAAUCUUAAAGUACACGAUGUUACGAAUGGUUGAUUAACCCAUGGGUGAUUGUAUAGUAUUAUGUUUAUUUUAUAGAGGAUACAGAUCUUUAUGUAUAAUAUUCAACCGUACGGUACAGCGUAAUUGUAAUAAUGUUAAGCGAUCGGGGAUAUCAUAGAGCACAGAGUUUAUUUAACACAGUUACCUUAACGAGACAGUCGACCAUACGAUGAUUCUGUACAUUUGAAUCGACCAUGGGUUAACUCCUUCUAUUAUCUAGAUUUAAAACAGAUUUUUGGACUUUUACAUAUCGAAAAGGCAGGCAGCUGCAUUCUUUAAAGAAAUUCCAUUAUAAAUCUCUCUUCUUUUUUAAUUUCCUACUAUAUAUAAAUAUAUAUGAUGUAUAUGUUGAGAAUUUUAUUUGUAAAAAUCAUGUAAUAAGGAUAGCCUAAUCUCAUCAUUGCUAAUUGUUGCAAACAAGAAAAAAGAAAAAGAAAAGUCUCUGUGUAAAAAGUUAGGGAAACGAUGCAUUUGACGAAAAAUGUCAGUCUGUCGAAACGGAGGCUGAUGAUACAAAUAAAACGUUUGUUUGUAAUAAAACGAGGACAAAAAAAGCAGCUUUUCAAUUUUAUGAUCAGUAGUGUAUAGACUAAUACUAUCAUAAAAUUCACAUAGAGUGCAAUGGUGAGGUAUUCUGUAUUUUGAAACUCCUUGUAAAUAGGUAGAUAUACAAAUCAUAGACAAUGCGUACAACGUAUCAUGCCACAUUGCUUGUCUCUUAAAGGAAUCAUAUCCCAUCAGUAUAAUAUGAAAGUUAGGUUUUAAUAUUGACAGUACCAUAAUGGCAUUCCAGUCACUUAUAAUAUACUGUAUAUUAAUGUAAAUCAAUAUUGUAACUUGUGACUUUUAGCAUAUGAAAAUUCUUAUCGGUAUCGUCGGUGCAGAUAUAAUUAAAGAUUUUGAUUAAAAAAUAGAAAUUACGAUACGCUCUUCAUCAUCUUCUGUCAUCUAAAAUAAUCAUACUGAUUUUUCCGCCGCAAUUAAUUGUACUAAUUGGCUUUGUUUUAUAUAAUAGGAGGAUCAACAAUUUGUUAAAAUCGUGUUUGUAAAAACGGUGAAUGUCUUUUUUGUAAUUUAGCAUUAAAGUGAUGAAAUACUUCCAAUGCUACGAUCAGUUUCAUAACAAGCAUAACAUAACGCAUAAUUUGGUAUCAACAUCUACUUUCUGACACUGUUGUUAAUCUUAGCAGUUCAUUAGAUGGUAACUGUUUUCAUGAGACUAUUUGUUCAACUGUGGACCCUCUUUUAAUUAAUUGUACCGUAUUAUAAUGCAGACUGAUGAGACAUAUCUGUCUGCAUCCAGUCUAACAGGAAUAAAAAGAGAUUGUACAUAAACUUUAGUAAGAUGUAAUUUAGCGGAUAAGAGCAUUAAAGAAAGAAAUUAACAGAAUUUUCUCGAUUAUCGUUUAAUAGUUAAAUAUGAAUCAUAGCAAUAGAAUGUUCCUACGCACAUUGGAUGUAACCGUUUUCAAAAUUUUUGUAACGAUGGCCUGACAAGUUUUAUAUGGCGCAGGUGUACGAGAUCGUUACUUUAAGAGAAGCAAUUGAAUAAAAUGUAUUAAUUUUA